AUGGAUGCAGCAGAUCAGUUUGCUCUUCGCCCAAUGCCAAAGACAUUUCCCGAAAUACAAUCGAAGGCCACGCAAAACGAUGAUCAGCAGAGGAUACCGAUACCCAGCAAAGAGCGUCCACCCAAGGUUCCAAGCCGAAGAAUAUUCAUUGCGGACAGCAAUGGUCCGCCUUUAGGGCACUUUAAGUCCUUUACGAAGCGACACGAGGAGAUCUUGCAACAAACCAACUCAGUCGAUUUUGUGCUAGACGCCCACGGCACAUCAAACCCAAUUGUUUCAAAAGGGAAUGCACAGCCCAAGGGAAAGGAAGCGCCCAAAGCACGCGAAAACGAUCCACAGCAGCCUCGUGUAAUAAGCGUCAAUAAUGGCUUGGACGCCGUCCGGAGAGACACGCCAGACCAACCCGUCUCGUCUGGAGCCAAAGUCGCUAUUGAGCCACCCCUAGAUGGUAUGGACAUAACCCAGGAUGCUAUCCCCGCCACCCAGAACCUCGGGUCGUUGAAUGCAGUCUCCAAGCCAGCUGGUCCUGAUAAAACGAACGGGUUCUUUAUGGACCCUAAGGCGCCUCGUCUAGGUUUCAGUUCAGAUCCAGUGCCUGAGGUAAACGGUGGCAGUCACAGUACAGCACGUUUUGCAACGCCUACUUCACCGCCCAGGGCGCAACGCCAAAACCAUGCGAACCAGGCUCCCCCGGUCACAGAUGCAGAGCCAUUGCCCACGGUCAACGGUGUACAUGAGGAAAACGGGUGGCAAACAUCGUCUAAACCGCCCAACGCAGAGCCUGCCGCUCCACCGCCGGCCUCCGCACCCGUCCCCGAGCAGCCACGCAAGAGGUAUCAAGACCCAGAAGCAAAGCGGCAGGCCCUCAUAGCCGAGCACGAUCCCGCCGAGUUCGACGCGUACAUCUACGGCGAGCUCAACCGCGCCAAUCGGCCGGGCGACGCGCUCUUCGCGCUGCGCCCCUACGCGCGACCGACCCCCUCGAAUGACCACAUACGUCCGACCACGCACUUCGCCGCGAUGGACCCGCGGAUCCACUACGCGCAGCCGCACUCGGAAGCCUGGCACCGCGCGAAGCACGACGAGAUCGCCGCGCGCGGGAACCGGAAGAGUAAGACGAAUUUUGGAAAGGCGGCUGCGCGGCGGGCACGGCGGAAGCGCGAGGUGGCUGCCCACGGUGAUGAUGACGGUGCUAGUGGCGGCGCGUGCGAUGUUCCCGAUCAUGUCAGGAGGGAUCGGAAGUGGGUUAGCGCGCUCGACGAGUUGGAUGAGAUGGCUGACGUGACGCAUGCUAAGCAGAGGGCUAAGAUUCGGCGGCGGAAGAAGGGGAAGGGCGUGGAGAAGGGGAAAGAGAAGGGGCAUGAGAGAGGGAAGGGACCCGAGAAAGAGAAACGCAAACGGACAGAGAGUGAUGAGGACUACGACGAGAUGGAUACAGACGCGGACGCGGAUUCUGAAUCCGACUGGAGUCGGACGCGUCGGGAGUGA